AUGCAAUCACCAUUCACGGUCAACGGAACGAAUAUCUCUAAAUGCUACACUUCUGUCCGUCUAGGUCGAGAAACCAAUAUGAUGAACGACUUGACUCCAGAGUUGAGCAGAAGGAAACGAGCUGCUCGGAGAGCUUUCAAGGGCAUCGAGGAUGCAGUGAAGGGAACAAAUAACGUCUGCCUCUUCGACCCCACGAUAUUUUCCGCCUUAACGUAUGCGUCAGAAACCUGGUCGCUGCGUAACGAAUAUGAAAGGUCACUCAGCGUCAUUGAGCACGCAACCGAAAGAAUGAUGGUAGAAGUAUACCAUGUCGUGCAAGUAAGGGAAGGGAUCGAAAGCUUCGACUUAUGUCAACGAUCAAAAAUCAAAGACGCAGUUCUAUACGCCAAACUGUCGAAGAGAAGGUGGGCUGGACACGUGAUGCAUAUAAAUGACAUCCGAUGGACAGGAGCCAUUUGUAACUGGAUUCCUCGGGAUGUCAAACGCACUGCAGGAAGAUCACCGAACGGAUUGUCAGAGUACUUCACGAAUAGCCUAGAAGAAAUGUGUGGUGCUUAA